CCUCCAGCCGCCAUCAUGAUCAUCUACCGGGGCCUCAUCAGCCAUGAUGAGAUGUUCUCCGACAUUUACAAGAUCCGGGAGAUCGCGGACGGGCUGUGCCUCGAGGUGGAGGGGAAGAUGGUCAGUAGGACAGAGGGUGGCAUUGAUGACUCGCUCAUUGGUGGAAAUGCCUCUGCUGAAGGCCCCGAGGGUGAAGGCACCGAAAGCACAGUCGUCACCGGUGUUGAUAUUGUCAUGAACCAUCACUUGCAGGAAACUAGCUUCACAAAAGAAGCCUACAAAAAGUAUAUCAAAGAUUACAUGAAAUCAAUCAAAGGCAAACUUGAAGAACAGAGACCAGAAAGAGUAAAACCUUUUAUGACAGGGGCUGCAGAACAAGUCAAGCACAUCCUUGCUAAUUUCAAAAACUACCAGUUCUAUAUUGGUGAAAACAUGAAUCCAGAUGGUAUGGUUGCUCUCCUGGACUACCGUGAGGAUGGUGUGACCCCAUAUAUGAUUUUCUUUAAGGAUGGUUUAGAAAUGGAGAAAUGUUAACAAACUUGGCAAUUCCUUGGAUCUAUCACCUGUCAUCAUAACUGGCUGCUGCUUGUCAUCCACACGAUACCAGGACUUAGAUAGAUGGACUGAUGCCAUCUUGAACUCAUUUAUUUUGACCUUGAUUUAUUUG